CUGGAGCCCGUUUUUCUCCCAAAACCCCCGCAGCCCGAGUCCAAAACUAGCUGCUUGACAAGCUCUAAACAUACCUUUUUAUUCAUCUCUCUCUCUCUCUCUCUCUGUGUAUAUCAGUUUACCUAUCUGGGUAAUUUUUUUAAUCUGCAAAAACAACUCUCCAUCUUCUUGUUCUUCUCCUUUAGCAUUUUCCCAUUUCCCCAAAGCAACCAGAGGUUAAACAGAGAGUCUGAAAAAUUAAGAGGUGCUCUGAGUCUGUUGAAAAUUAAAUGCCCAGAAAACAGAGAGAGGUAAAAACCACUACUUUGUAAAAGCUUUCUUCUUCAUCUAGCUUAUUUUUUCUUCUAGGUACUUGUGGAAAAAUGAAAGGAAGAGACAAAGGGUGUGAACAGUUUAGUGAUGCCGCCAAAAAAUUCUCGAAUGGCUGAUGCCUGUAGGGCAAUGAAGCCUUUUGGCAUUUCCGAAGGUCAGACAAAGGCAGCGGUCAAAGAGCCUCUGAAAGUCUAUGCAAACAGCUGGGAGCUUAUUAUUGAUGAAAAUUACAGACUUUUGCUGGACUUUGUUCUGGACCACAAGCCAGAGGAGGAAAAGGUAGUGAGAUCGAAGAAAAAAGAAGCUCCACCUUAUGAUAAAACUGAAGUUGUUGAACUUCCAACCAAGAGAUAUUGCACAAGGCAACAGAAAAAACAGGGAUUGUCUCCUUUGGAACACUCCACAUCUUGCCUUGAAAAGUUUCCAUUAAAAAGGGCACGUCAGAGUAAUGAGGAUAAUCUGUUUUCUGAUUCGGAAGAAUCUGAAGACUCUCAACCACUAGUAAGAAGAAGAUGACGAAGACACCAGGAAAGAGAGGUUUUGGACUCUGGGAAUAACUUCGAUCCUCUGCGUAAUCGCAACACGCAACUGGAAGAAAGUCUCAAUCUUAUAGGUGAAGAUAGUUCUUCAGAUUUUGAUGAAGACGGCUUGAAGUUGUUGGAAGUGGAAUCGUUGAAUACGGACAACAAAGAUAAUGUUUUUGAUUUGCCAGAGUUUGUAGCUGCAUCAUCUACUCCGAAGGGUGACCUGGAAAUGUCUAUGAUUUGCCACUCUUCUCCACAGUCUGAUUUCUGUCCUCCACAUUUUGAUGAAGCUCUAGAAAUGGUGGAAGAGACACACAUAAAAUCAUGUAGGGUUGAAGAAUGGUUUGUGGAAACAGGAACUGAUUCCACCUUUUAUGCUGCACAAGAUGUUCUUGCCAGUAAAUAUGAUCAUCUAAGUUUUCAAAGUGAAUUAAUUUUAUGUAAAAAUCUUAUCAAGGUUAUACCCCAUAUACCCAAACAUAUAGCUUUUGGUUGUGAUGAUGGUCUUCAAUGCUUAAUUGGUUUUGCAAGAACGGAUAUUGAGAACAUCGUUGGUGAAACCGCAAAGAGAUUAAAGGUGAUCUAAGGCUGUAGAUCUUCAAAAUUAUGCAAGGUGGAGGCUGCUCAUAACUACCAUUCUUCACAUGGAGUCAUUAAAUCCUUUGUUUAUAUUGAUGACAUAAGUAGAGGUGAAGAAAGAGUGAAAGUUUCCUUGGAGAAUGGAAGAAAUGCUGGA